AUAAAAUGAUUAAAAUUCAGCAAAAAUGCAGUUAGCAAAAUUCUUAAUCUUGCUAAGCUGAUAAGAUUAUUAUUUUUCUAUUAUGAAAUAGUUAACAUGGCAAGUGUUCGAAGGAUUUUUUAUAAAUAUGCAAAGUGUUUAGCUUUAAUUGUUAUAACUACUUUCUUUGCUCAAAUUAUGAUUUCCUUAAGUUUUUUCCCAUCGGUUCACGAUAACUUACUUAAAAGAAGUAGUUAUAAUUCAAUAUCCAAAACGGAAAUGGGCGAUGUGUCUGCUAGAAAAAUCGGAGACGAUGAAGAUUACCCUCCAAAAAACUCGCACCAAAAUCAAAAUAAAGUUAUACCCCAACUAAGAUUAGAAGAGCUGGACUUUUCGCCAGCUUGUGAUAUAAAAAGCCGAGAAGCAAUUUCAGCUAUCCAUCGCGCCAAGAGCCAAUUAUGUAAACAGCAAAUUGUAAAUAAGACUUGUCUGAUACAAAAUGGUAAUUUUUACCCCAAACAUUUGCCAAACUAUUGUGUUUCAAAGACAAUGGCUUAUGGACGACAUUUGGGAUGUUACCUGGAUGAAAAAAAAUUAAGAUUGCUUUCAAGUUAUUAUGGAAAUUACGCUAAUGUUAAUUCACCAACAUUUUGUUUGGAUAUUUGUGUACAAGCUGGUUUUCCAUAUGCAGGAGUGCAAUAUUCGUCAGAGUGUUUUUGUGGUGAACUGGCACCGCCAUCUUCAUCUAAGACUUCUGAUGGUUUAUGCGACAUGAAUUGUCCAGGUGAUCCAUCUCAAAAAUGUGGAGGAUAUUUCACUAUGAAUGUUUAUGAAACAGGUUUAGAAAAAUUUGUGCCACAAGUACCUAAGAACUCUAACAGUGAUCAGGUUUCUGUUAAAAUUGUAUUUCUAUUAACAUUAAAUGGAAGAGCACUACGACAAGUUCAUAGAUUAAUUAAUUCUUUAUAUAGAACAAAUCACUAUUUUUAUAUUCAUGUUGAUCAAAGACAAGAUUAUCUACAUCGUAAGUUAUCUCUAUUAGAAAAGCAAUUUACUAAUAUAAAGUUAGCUAAUAAAAGAUACUCAACAAUAUGGGGUGGAGCAUCCCUUCUCAAAAUGUUGUUGGACUCCAUGAAAGAUUUAAUUAGAUUAGGUUGGAAAUGGGAUUAUGUUAUCAAUUUGAGUGAAAGUGAUUUUCCUAUUAAAUCAUUAGAAGAACUUGAAAAAUUUCUUUCUGGAAAUAAAGGAUAUAAUUUCGUUAAAUCACAUGGAAGAGAAGUCCAACGUUUUAUAAAAAAACAGGGCCUUGAUAAAACUUUUAUAGAAUGUGAGACACACAUGUGGAGAGUGGGAGAAAGAAAACUACCUCAGGGUAUUGUUAUAGAUGGAGGAAGUGAUUGGAUAGCAUUGUCACCCGACUUUGUUUCAUAUGUCAUUGAGAAUCAUGAUAAAUUACUAGCAGGUCUUGAUGUUAUAUUUAAGCACACACUAUUACCCGCAGAAUCAUUUUUUCACACAGCAUUACGUAACUCACAAUUUUGCAAUACAUAUGUAGAUAAUAACUUACAUGUCACAAACUGGAAGAGGAAAUUAGGUUGUAAGUGUCAAUACAAACAUGUGGUGGAUUGGUGUGGAUGUUCCCCAAAUGACUUUAGAACUGAAGACUGGCCAAGAAUACAAAAUACUCAAAAUCGGCAAUUGUUUUUUGCAAGAAAAUUUGAACCCAUCAUUAAUCAAGAAAUUAUAACAAGAGUGGAACAGUUUGUUGGAUUUACUGACCAUAAUUUAAUCCCUAAUUUGGAAGCAUACUGGCAAAAUCUAUAUGACGUCCAAGAUCUAACAGCAAGUACAGAUGACACAUUACUUACGCAUGCUGAAAGUGUUAUACGUCAUAACGCUAAAAUAUUGGCAGGAGAAGGUUGUAAAAUUCAACUGCAGGAAGUUAUUGAAGUGAAUGUAUAUAAGUUUGCUGAUGUAUAUAAAGGAAAUCUUAUUUUAUAUAAAGCUUUGCUUAAUGACAACAAAGAGGCAGUACUAGAGACAUGGUAUAAGCCAAGGCAACAUUUAGAUUUAAAUUUUGGAAAUCAAAAUAAUGAUUAUAUCAAAAUUUUUAAAGUUAGUUCAGAUUAUGAUCAAAAAGAAAUGACAUUUAGAAAUGUAGGCAACAUAUUGGGCCCUUUUUCGGAACCAGUACUGUUAUAUCAGUUUUCACCACAUUUUAAUAAAAAUAUUGGAAAUUUUACAAUUCUUUGGCUAGACCCAGCUGGAAUGAUUGCAGAUGUCAAUGUGGUGAUGAGAGACGAAAAUAAUUUGACCAAUUUCAUAAAAUUGAAUGUAAAACAACCUUUACUACCUGGUGUGUGGAAGGUUGGUUUAUUUGAUCAAGUAAAUUCAGUAGCAGUCACUGAAUUCCUUAUAACACCUUUAGAAUAUUUUUCUGGUAAAGAAGUAACGCAACAAGAGGCCAACCUAAUACAUAGUGGUUCACAAAAUGCAUAUAAAAAUAUUACUUUUGUAAAACCCAAAAACUUUUUACCAACCCAUGCCAAUAGAUUAUUGCUAGCCGAAAUAUCAAAUGCAAACAUCAAGAGAAUCAAUAGUGAUUUGACUGAGUGGAUAGAUAGUUUAAGCAUAGAAUUUUAUAAUGUUUUAGGUACAUGUAUUUUAUAUAAUGAUAAUAAUGUAUUAGACAAAGUGCCUUGUAGUAAUUACAAAUUUCAGCAAUGCAACUUCUCUGAAUGGAGCUCUCUUUCACAUGAUCCUAAAGGCUCUAUAGGAAAAAUUGAUAAAACAACAGGGCGAUUAAAAAGAGUAUGAAGCAACCACUCCCUCGCCUUGGAAAACUUGAAAUUUCUGAAGUGUGACGCGCGAUUUGCAUGUACUAAAAAUUGAAAAAGAUACUUUGGUGGAUCGUUCUGAACUUCUCGAACUCUCAAAUAUUCGCAUUUUAAUCGGCGCAGCAGCGGAAUCGGAACAAAAUAUGCAAAAUAUGUUUCAAAUAAAAUCAAACCAGCAAUUA